AUGUCGUUCUUGGUCUUUUCCCCACUAUUGAUUUUUGCUUCCAAUUCUGAAUCUAGACCGGUGUUAAAGUGGUACUGCCUCCUCUACUUGGAUUUUAGUUUGCAUAAUAACUGGCCGCUUUUUAUUUUCUUUCAUCCGGCGUCCGAAGCAAUAACGCAGAAAUGAAAAAAAAUUAAAACAAAAAACAAAAGAAGUGAAAGGGGGAAAGAGUGGUAAGAAAGACAACUUAGUUUACACGACAGGAUAUUCGCAACUUGUCACCCAUCCAAUUCCUAACCCCACCCAUCAGGGCUUAAUCAGUUGCAACCUUCGCCAGGUUUAGCUAAACAAGUGUGUCUAUUAUUAUCAUUAUUUUCCCCGCAUUCUCUUGCUGUCAGCCAGUCGGAUUUCGACCUACUUUGCAAAUUUGUUUUUCCCUUACUAAUUUCCCCAAGUCUCAACUUUUGCUGUGUCUUUUAACUUACCGCUCGCUGGCUUAAAUGUUUAUUUACUCUCUACUACUGGGUCAUCUUUAUAUAAGCCUGGUAAUUGGGGGCUCCCCUAUAUUUUGCAUCAGCCCAACUAUUCAAAAUGAAAUUCAGUUCCCGAAGCUUUACUUUAAACGCGUGUCUCGUUUUCGUGCUUUAUCUUUGUCGUCCUUGAAGGGGAAAUCCUGUACUGGAGAUUUCAGGAUAAAUCCCCUAAUUUGACAAGAUGAAUGUAGUCAUAAGUACAUAUGCCGGCUGAUGCGAUAAAUUUCGCAGGCUGGGGUUAUGUGACUUCCCUGUUCAACGUGGAAAUUUCAUUGAAAUGCGUGACUACUGGUCACCUUCCGAGCGCCCCCUCGCCGAUUAUCAUCAGAGAGGCUCUAGCACUCAAAAAUGCCUUCUUGACUGGUUUCGCUUCCGGCAUCGAUCCGGAGUUGACGCCUACGUGGACAUACAGUCUACCGUUAGUUCGCACUUGGACAAAUCAAGCUGGCAUGAGCAAAGCUCUUUCAAACCAAGCCAUCCAAACAACUUUGAAAUUUUAUAUUGCCCUGUCCUUGGUGUACUGGUUUCUCCAGGAGAUAACCUCACGGACGUCCCCUCCAGGGUUCCCUCCGCCAGUGUUUGCGUGCUGUCCCCUCGUGUUUGGAAAGAAAACUAGAACAGUUGGGGCCCUCGCUCCAUCUGUUUAAUAGCCUUAGAUUCUAAGGCCCUAUUGCUGCUUAGGGCUGCCGUUUGAUAUAUUUCUCACUUUGCCCAACCAAAGGGUCCGCCGGAGUCAUUGUUUUGUCUCAGACCUUCCAUCCUUUAAACAACUCCUAAUUCUUUCCAAAUUUGGCUUUAAGAGCUGGUUUAGCGCUUCGGUUUCUAGCCCCCUAGCCUUUUCCUUUUACCUUUGUGGCAUCUGAUCCUCACACCCGUCGUUACUGGUGGCCUGUUAUCUCGGGCGCGCUAAUGAUUCUGUCCUCCUCGGUACUUUGGCCGACCACAUCGUGCUUUUAUUUACUACUUCAGACAAUGCAUUCCUUUCUUAGCAUUUACCUUGGAACAUUUGGCCGUUUAAGGUAUCUUCCUAAUUCCACUUUUUUCGUUUUGGGGUCUCUGGACGGUUCCUUGAUUCUGGCGCCCUUCUCUGUGGUGUUGCGAAUGCUCGUAUCUAAAUGGCGACUGUUUUCCGUUCCGCCAACGAUGUACGUGGGCUUCAAAGGUUUAAUUCUUGGCUCACAUCUCCAAGACGCUUAAAUUAGGAUUCGCAAAGACAGACACCAAAAUAAUUAAACGCGACUGCCCUAGAGCCUUUUGAAAGGUCUAUUAGCACCAGAAAGCGCAACCGAAGGCUGUGUUUUUUAGAUUUUUGUCCUCUUUACGACCACGUAAGACGUUAUUUUCGGCCACAUCGAAAGGUGUUGUUAGAUCAUUCUCUAUAUCUAGAACAAAAUAGCAAAGGUAAAAAAUGAUGCGCAAAGACUCGUAUCAGCGCCUUGGGUUACAGGGUAAGCAGACUUGCAGCUCUCUUACUCACGAUUAUCUGCUGGUACAGUGGACUCUCUCAUCGUGAAAUUUUUUACCCAUUUUCAAUUCAUUGGCCGUGCAAGUGUCUGGAACGAUCGCACUUGUUUUGGACCGAAAUUUCGCCUCGCACUUGUCGGUCAAGCAAUAUCAUAAACCUAUUCAAUCGGAACACAGUUACAGGCUAAAGUGUGUUCAAAGCGAGCCCCUGUUUUAUACGAGAAAUACAAGAAACUGCAUGGUGUGCCACUCAGGAUAUCUUCUGUUACGUAACAGCAUUUCGCCUUCCGAACCGUUACAUUUACACUCGAGAUGAAGCAUUUGUCUCGCUUGGUUUUUGCGCAGGCCAUCUAGAUCUGAUCCUUGUAGAAUAAACACAGUUGAUGUGUUAAGACACCCUGACGGCGCUUAACUAGCUAACUGUUUCACCAAUGCGUCAAGAGUAACCUGAGAUCAGGUUCUAUUUUCGUUUCGCUUUGAAAAUUACAUUCCGGCGGGCAAGGCGAAACGAAAAGAGACCCUGAUACAAACCUUUAACGAAAUGUCUGCCGCCCACUUUUUUGAUUGAUUGACAUUUGCCGAAUCAGCCAAUAAGAAUUACUUCCGUUGCUUGUUUUUCUAGUAUGCAAAUUUUUCACGCGUGGGAAAAAUGCAGACUGGCUGACUUAAAAAAUAACUUUAUCUGUUAAUUUUUUUCAGCUAAAAAUAAAACAGUCAGCACAAUCACAUUUAACUUCUUGCGAGAUUAAUAGAGAUCUCGAAGGUUACUUCUGUUGGCGUAGAAGGUAAAAAGUUUUCGAAAAGACGGCGACACGAUGUUCUACUAGUUUUAUUAUUUUGGCUAGGCGCUCUUGAAUUUAAAAUACUGAAAUCUCUAUUUUUCCGUUGUCUUGAUAUUUUCCUCGGCAAUUUCCCCCGAUUGUCAGUACAUAAAUCUUUAAAAACAAAAGCAAACAGCCAACGAGCGAGGACACCAGUUUUCUUGGUUUACUUUUAACAAAAAGCGUAGUCAAACAACCAGUCUGUCAACACUGAAAAUUCCUUGAACAGCGAUGCGAUAUUUUUCGUCUAAUACUUCACAGCUGGCGAUUGAGGUUUCUUUCGCAGUGAGCCUCCGCUUGCGUACCCCGUUCAGAGAAGUCAUUCCCGGCUAAACUUUCAAAUGAAACCAGUUUUAAGAUGGACAGUAUUUUGAUUUGCUCCCCAACGUUUGUUGGUAAAUCAAAAUGCACCUUAUUAGCGGUCAACAACUUGCAGAGGGAUUCAACUUCGCGAUACACUCACUUUCCGUAAAUUAAGCAAAUCCUGAGGAGAUAUGAACAACCACAUGAAUUUUCUGAAUUUCCAUGGCACAUAUUAAGGCAUAUUUUCCUACCAUAAGACCAUAAAACGAUAAAAAAGACAGCAAAAUCGAUCCUUCUCUCCACCGACGAAGGAUCAUUCACGAAAACAACCACGCGAGGAAAAAGCGCUUUCAACUUCCGGCGUUUCCGACAGCCAAUCAGAUCUUGUGGCAUUGUUCUAACAGCCAAUCAGCGUUACGGCUAAAAUCUGGCCGUAACGAGCACAAACUUGUAAUAGUUUGUAUCAGGCCCAAUUUCAGCGGUAGUAUGAGAACCGCUCAAAGUGCGCCUGAUCUCAGGUUGCGUCAAGAGGGAAGGCGGCUCUUUUGUAGAAUAUUUUGACAAUAAUUUUCGUGAAUGCAUCAUUCUUGGGGGCUCAAGCCGGCCUUUUGAAAUUAGCGCUUGUCUUGUCAUUUUAGUUUUGACAUUUGACGAUUUAGUUAAAGGUAUAUGGGGUUGGGGAUGCCAAUGGAGAUCUUUCACUUCAUCUAGUACCGUCUUUCGCCUCCGAGCCAAGGACUUGCAUGUGCGCUGUCACUCAUCUCUCGAGUCGUCAGGCAUAGGGAGAGAGCGUCCACUUUGAAUAGACCUCUUGAGCUUGUAUGCUUUGUUUGCCCGAUAUAGGUCCCAGGGGAACUUGACCCUUUGUCUUUUCAUAAAUUAUACAUACAUAUGCACGUACACAAGAAGAAGUUUGAAAGAAACAGUUCUCUGGAGUAUUAUCACAUGACCUGUAUUGGGAAAACAAUUAAAACAUACAAGCUAAAGAGGACUACUGGUCAGAAUUAA